UCUGUGGGAUCCAGGUACGGUCGCGGCUCCCUCCAUUCAACGGAAAUUAACUGCACAAGUCAUGGCGGCGGGGUGGAAAAGUGGUCAAUUUGCAGGACUGGAGGACGCGGGGGGACUGUAGCUUCCCAGCAGGGUUUUCCACAGAUAACUGGGGAAUAAAUAGAUUUUGGGCGCACAAAUCAGAGAGGAACUCUGACAGAAGAUAAGAGUGCCGGGGAGGACCUGGAACGGAAGAUAAGCGGAAGAGAGUAUGGAUUGCUCCUGUGUGUGGGUCUUCAUCCUGUCUCUGUCUCUGACGCACAGCACUGUCUCAGCCCAGGCCGAAGAAUGCCGUAGUGCCAUAGCUGCAGACAUCGUAUUCCUGGUGGACGAGUCCUGGAGCAUGGGUCCCAUCAACUUCCAGCUGGUGAAGGAGUUCAUUACUGACAUCAUCAAAUCUUUCCAAGACAACGCCGUGGGCGAGGAGGGCAUCCGCUUUGGAGUCACCGUCUACAGCGACGGCCCCAGGAUGAGAAUAGCGCUGACGGACUACGCCACCAUGGAGGAGAUCCUGAGGGCCGUGCGGGACCUCCCCUACGAGGGGGGGAGCAGUAAGACCGGAGAGGCGCUGGAGUUCCUGGUGGAGUCCGCCUUCAGCUCUGCCAUCGUCCGAGAUGAAGCCCCUAAGAUCGCUGUAUUGAUAACCGACGGGAGGUCGUCUGAUGCGAUUGACGGACCAGCGCAGGCUGUGACGGAUAGCGGGAUCUCUCUGUAUGCAGUAGGGGUCAGAGAUGUGGACCAAGAAGAGCUGAGGAAGAUUGUGACUGCACCGUAUGAGGAGCACUUGCUGCUGAGCUCAGAUUUCGCUUACCUCGACAACCUGCUGAUGAAGAUCUCCCGCCGAAUCUGCUUCACCGCUUCCGAGCCCCCCCGCCCUGUCAAAAAGCCUGAGCCUGUGCCCGAACGGAUCAUUGGGCCCAGGGACGUCACGGUCAGUGAGCUGGAGUACAGCUCCCUGCGCCUCACCUGGACCCCUGCCACGGGGGAUGUGACGGGCUACCGGCUACUGGUCACCCCCAUCUCCCCCAAGGGCUAUCUGGACUCAGCUGAGCAGAGACAGAUUGACCUGAAGGGCGAUGUGAGCUCUGUGCUGGUGACAGACCUGACGCCGAGCACGGAGUACUCCUUCAGCACCUACGCCAUCUACCCUGACCUUAUCGGGGACUCAGCCACUGUCACCGCACGGACAACUCCCGUGCCCCCUGUUGCCAAUUUCCGUGUGAUUGAGGAGGGCCUCUUCAGCCUGCGUUUGGCGUGGACAGCACCUCUAAAGAGAAUUAAUGGAUACAAAAUCUUUAUUCCUCGGUCGAACAGACCAGGGUUGACCUACGAGCAGGUGCUGGGUGGCGAUGUCUCUACCCACUUCAUCGAAAAUCUGGAACAGGACAAGAAGUACACCAUCAGUAUCUAUGCUGUCUACCCACAGGGCCCCAGUGAAACCAUAACCAUCAUGGGCAGAACACUGAAACUGCUUCCUGUGAAGGAUAUCCUGGUUCAGAAUGCCACUACAGACACCGUGCAGGCCCGAUGGCAGGCAGUCAAGGGGGCCACCGGGUAUCGCCUCACCUGGUCCUCCUCAGAGGGACACAUCGAGAACGUGAACUUGGGUGAGGCGUACAGCUUCUACAUGAUCCAAGGUCUCCACCCUGGUACAGAGUACACUGUGAAUAUCAACCCCAUCUUUGUGGACAUCGAGGGCCCUGUCACUACGGUGACAGCCAAAACAUUGGAGAAUAGUGCAGUGCAGACUCUGAAGUCCUCUGGUGUUAGCACCAACAGUGCACUAAUAUCCUGGAACUCAGUCCCAGGGGCUACAGGAUACAGGCUGGCUUGGGGCCCCACUCCAGAGUUUACGGGGAGGGACCGUCCCCGCCAAAUGGCUCUGAAUGAGAGCACCACGGUGUACCUGCUGAAGAACCUGGCCCACGACACGGAGUACGUGCUGUCCCUCUACGUGCUGUUCGGUAGCUUAGUGGGUCCCGGGAUCACUGCUACUGUCCGCACAUCGCCUCUGGGAUAUGUGUCCAACUUCAAGAUAACAUCCGUCAGCAGCACCUCCAUCACAGUGGAGUGGAGUCCCAUUGUGGGUGCCACAGAGUACAAACUCACCUGGAUGUCUGAUAAAGAAUCCACCGCCCAGAGCCACUACCUCGACCACAGCAUCUUGCUCUACCGCAUCGAAGGACUAUACCCAGAGACAGUGUACACUGUCAGCAUUAACGCUGUGUACGGAAACAGCGAAGGGCCAGAAAUCUCUCUGUCACAGUUCACAGCAUCACUGAAGGACUCGGAGCUGAUGCAAGCAGUUAAGGAGGUGAAGGUGAAGGAUGUCGGGAUUAACACCUUUAAACUGGUGUGGAAGAAGACCCCCGGGGUUUCUGGCUACAAGAUCUCCUGGAGCCCCUUCUAUGGUGGUGUUGAAAAGAGCCAGCUUGUUCCCUCCACGUCAAACUUCUUCACAAUCACCGGACUCCAGGAGAACUCUGCCUACAAGAUCCAGGUGUCGCCGGCCGUUGGGGACCGAGAAGGAAGCCCAGUUCUGCUCACCGCCCGCACUUUGGAUAUGCCCAAAGUGACUGGCUUCGAGGCGGUGGAGGUGACGGACAACAGCGCUCAGCUGAACUGGACCAAGGUUGCAGGGGCUUCUGGGUACUCUUUGUCCUGGAGACACAUUUCAGAUUUGAAGACCACCAAUGAGGUGUUGGGUCCGACGUUCACUUCCUUUCCGAUCAGCGACUUGCUAUAUGGCAGAACCUACAUAUUCACCAUCCAGCCCCUCUACGGGGAGGUGAAGGGACCCAUAACGUCCAUUAACAGGAGGAUAGUGGGGAAGGUUCCCUCCAUCGUGCCUGUUACGGCUGCUCCUGCCACCACCCGCUUGGCAUCCCGGAACUUGCGCACCUCCACCGUCAAAACUGCCGCAGCCACAGUGCAGAAACUGGACACAAGGCCCAGUCCGAUGACAACCAAAACAGCCGUAAUCACAACUGACGCUGAGGCAACCCCACGACCUGGGCCAGUUUGUGGGAAGAUCAAGGCUGACAUCGUGUUUCUAGUGGACGAAUCCUCGAGCAUCGGCUUCAGCAACUUCAACAAGUUGAAGGACUUCCUGUUCCGGGUGGUGACGUAUUUCCCUGUCGUUGGACCCAAGGGAACACAGUUUGCAGUUGUCCACUACAGCGACGAGCCCAGGAUAGAGUUCCGAUUGAAUGACUUCAGAGACAGAAACUCCGUCUUACGGGCGCUGAAAGCAGUGCACUACACAGGAGGAAACGCCAGAACAGGUCGAGGGAUCAGCUACGUGCUGAAGGAGCUCUUCCAGGAGUCCCUGGGCAUGAGGCAGGACGUGCCCCAUGUGAUUGUACUGAUCACGGAUGGCAAGGCCCAGGAUGACGUGGUCUCCCCUGCCAGAGUGGCUCAUGCCCUGGGUGUCAGCAUUCUGACAAUCGGUGUAGCGAGCGCUGAUAUCGAAGAGCUGAGGAGGAUCGCCUCCCCAGCCGACUACAAGAGCAUGUUCUACACCAGCACGUUCGACGACCUCCCGUCCGUGGAGAGGGAAUUCAUGGGGAGCAUCUGCAGUGAAGCUCUGCAGAUGGAGUACAAAGCGCUGGAUGAGUCUGCGCAGCUGGACACGCCCACUGGAGAUCCAGAACCUUUCACCAAACCAGAGGGUCCCUGCUCGUCCUGUACGAAGGGCCAAAAAGGGGAAAAGGGAGAUGGGUUUGGUCUCGGCGGACUGAGACUGGCCAAGCCGUCGGGGGACUUCAGCUCUUUCGGAUUUCAGUCCAAAGGGGAGAAGGGGGAGAGGGGUCUCCCUGGCACAGAUGGUGUCCCAGGGUUGCCUGGACGACCAGGAAGAACCGGGCCUCCGGGUUCAGCAGGACAGAGGGGCUCCUCCGGGGUUCCUGGCGACUCUGGACCUCCUGGGGUACCAGGACCGAAAGGUCAGAGAGGUGAAAGGGGGGAGCCAGGCUUCGUGCUGGGGGGCGGAGACGUCCAUCCUGGGCGAAAGGGGGAGCCCGGCUCCUCGGGCCCCCAGGGCUCCCCAGGGGUGCCAGGGGUGCCCGGACCACCUGGGCUCCCGGGUCAGCUGGGGCCGCCCGGCCCUGUAGGAAUCACCAUCAAGGGUGAACCAGGGGAUAUUGGUCUCCGAGGUCUCCGCGGUAAGCCCGGAAUCAAAGGAGACAAAGGAGAAAAGGGCUUAAAUGGCCUGGUGGGAUUGCCUGGGCAGGAAGGAAUGGACGGCAUUCCAGGAUUUCCGGGACAAAAGGGAGAGAAGGGUGAGGCUGGCAUCGGAAUUCCAGGUGUCCAGGGAAUAAAGGGGAUAACUGGCGAGAAGGGAAUGGUUGGUAUGCCAGGUGCUGUCGGCCCAAGGGGGGAGACAGGACUGCAAGGAAUCCAAGGAGAGCUCGGGCUACGGGGGAAAAAGGGAUUGAAAGGAGACCAGGGGGAUAAGGGUGACAGAGGAGAUACUGGCCCAGUGGGACCUACGGGAAUAGCGGGUCUUCCAGGCCCCCAGGGAUACAAGGGAGAUGAAGGACUGCAAGGACCUCCUGGGGAUCCAGCAAAAGGGAUACUUGGUCCCACUGGAAAGAAAGGUGCUAGGGGUGAUAUUGGGCCAAUGGGUCCGCAAGGGCCACAGGGAAUAAAGGGAGACCAAGGAGACAAAGGACAGAAGGGCAGUCCUGGGUUUGGUAUUCCUGGCCAACCAGGCCCAAAAGGAGAGAACGGAGAACGGGGUAAUGUGGGGUUAUCUGGAAAACCUGGCCCAAAGGGGCACGAUGGUUUUAAAGGGGACAAAGGAGAGUUCGGCUUCCCAGGGAACCCUGGUCUCGCCGGACUAAGAGGUAAAGAUGGUGACCAGGGAGUCAAAGGGGAAUCAGGAAGUAGGGGAGAUAUCGGCCCACCAGGCGAGCCGGGGGAGAGAGGAGUGAGGGGCCCGUUAGGUCUUCCUGGGCGACCUGGUGACCCUGGAGAAAAAGGGGAUUCUGGGCAAAUUGGUUUAACAGGUAUACAGGGACACAAAGGAGAUAGGGGAGACCCUGGCGAGCCAGGACCUCCAGGGCCCAGCCAGUUGACAGUAUCAGACAACAGUGUCAUAACCAGAGUUGUCAAGGGUGACCGUGGAGAUUCUGGCCGACCGGGCCCCAAAGGCGAGAUCGGACCCCCCGGCCCAAGAGGACCUGAGGGAAGGCCAGGCCCUCCAGGAAGUGGAACGGGAGGAUCUUCAAAAUCAGGGAAGGAUGGAUUUCCUGGUCCGCCGGGGGCCAAGGGUGAGAAGGGAAUGAAUGGAGAAGCUGGCCCUAAGGGAGAAACAGGGCGUGUGGGGAUAGCAGGGAUGCCCGGACUGCCAGGAACCCCAGGCAGACCUGGCAUUGAUGGAAAACGAGGAGUCGCUGGAAAAGACGGUGAACCUGGGCUGCGCGGUGUCGAUGGGAAGGGUGAAAAGGGAGAAUCAGGAAAGGACGGAAUACAGGGGUAUAAAGGAGAACAGGGUGCUCCAGGUGUUCCAGGUUCCCCCAUUCUGGUGAACCUCUCUACAGUCCUCACCCCUGAGGAGGGCUCAAAACUGGAGGACAUGAGAAAGCUCUUUCCUCUGCCGAUGGGACCCCCAGGAGCCAUGGGUCCUCCGGGUAUGAAGGGACACAAAGGUGAAAAGGGUGAAAAGGGUGAUGCAGGCCUACCUGGAAAAGCAGCUGAGAUGAAGGAUAUUGAAGUAUUAUUUGAAUCUUAUGGCAUCAGGCUGCCUCUGCUGAAGGCACUGAUUGACAGGUUACUGCAAGAUGGCAUGGAGGAUCUGCUACAUGACAUCACCAGCUCCAAGAGACAGAAGAGUGACAGGAAGGAGCAUGACUACAAUGUAAUCUCUGAAUACACGAGUUCUGUGAAGUACGACAUUUCAAGUGAUCCGUUGUCUGAGCUGGGUGUAAUUGAUGGAGACAUUGACCCUGAGACUGGCGAAACAGGUCUGCUGUAUGAGAGAGAGGAGGAUCCUGCGUUCUGGAGUGGCGUCACAGCGGAUGAAUCCCACAGGAGGAAUGCCACGGGAUCGGAUCUGACCCGGAUGAAAACCGAUGAGAUUAUGGAGGGGGAAGAGCGAUACAUCAUGACACAUUCUUCCAGGACUAUACAUGAGAUACCGGAAUCUUCUGACAAGGUGGUCACCUCAGACAAGGGCUCUGAUAUAGCAGUGGCUGGAAUGGAGACUCUCCCGCCCAGCAGUGAGGACUCACUGAGGAAGAAGUCCGGCGAGAAAAAGAGGGGAAAGGACCGGGGGAAGGGCAAGGGAAACAGAGGAAGACAUAGAAGAGGGAGACAGCACUCGGGAGAGGAGGAAACACAGGAGGAGCCAUUUUAUGACGGUGAAGAAGACGUUUAUGAAUAUGAGGAUGAACCUCCGUCAGAGGAUCUGUUCCUGACACAGACAGACAGGGUGAAAUUCUCAGCAAAUAGUCCUCUACAUUUAGAGGGAGAAAUUGAAAAGCAGGAGGAUGUCCCAACAGCUGAAUUGCAACACUUACAGGGAGAGGCAGAGGAGGAGGGUGAAUUCCAUACAGCAGGGAGCCUCUAUUCACAGGAGGGCGUAGAGGAGGGAAGCAAGGUCAAUAUUGGACGCAAAGAGAACCGUGUUAGAGGAAGAAGGAGUGCCCCCUGGCCAGAGUACAGAGGCUACAUGCCUGGGGCACGUGGAGGAAGAAAUCGAUACCAGCGGGGACAACAAACUGCAUCCCAGUCUGGGGCAGGAAGAUGGAAAGAGCUGAAUAAGAAGCAGUUGGAUCCGGAACCAGAUCAUCAACACCCUGAACAUCAGACACAGACUGACAUGGAGUGGGAGACAGAGACUGAGAGAAAAACAGAGAUAGGGGAAGAGAUAGAAAGCGAAACUGAAAUUGAGAGAGAGGAAGAGACUGAGAGAGAGGAAGAGAUUGAGAGAGAGGAUGAGAUUGAGAGAGAAAUUGAGACUGAGGUAGAAUGGGACGCUGAGAGAGAAUCAGAGACUGAGAUAGAGGGAGAGACUGAAACAGGGAUGGAAACAGAUACAGAGUACAGUGACACUAUAGAUGAGGAGGAGAUUGAAACAGAGACAGAGGAGGAGAUCUAUACAGACGGGGAGGUAGAGACUGAGUGGACUGAGACAGAGAAAGAGGAAGAUGGAACUGAGAUGGAGGGAGAAGGCUCUGAACUGGAAAACGAGAGAGAGGAUGAUCUAGACCUGGAGCGAGAGAGAGACAGGCUCGAGAUGGAGCGAGAGAGGAUGGAGAUGGAGAGAGAAAGGGAAGAGGAGCUGGAAAUGGAGAGACAGAGAAUAGCGUGGGAAAGAGAGAGAGAGGGGGAGCUGGAGGAAAUGGAGAGGGAAAUGGAGAGGGAGAGGGACCCACACACAAGGACAGAUGCAGAGACACCUUAUGAUUAUUUAAAGGGAGCUCCUGGGGAGGACGGAAUCCCAGGAGAAAAGGGAGAAAUUGGAGAAAAGGGACAAAAGGGGGAGCCUGGGAUAGGCUAUCGGGGUCCAAUUGGACAGGCUGGCCCCCCAGGGCACAAGGGGGAGCCCGGAGAACCAGGACCACCCGGUGCGCAAGGUAUCCAGGGUAUCCGUGGCAACCCGGGUAUCCCAGGCUUUCAGGGUCAGAGGGGCCUACCUGGUGACCCUGGGCAACCUGGAACAGUAGGUGAUCGGGGGAGGAGGGGAAAGAACGGAUCUCCGGGACCUCCAGGUGCACGUGGCCCUCCUGGAAAACAGGGCCUGGCUGGACCAUCAGGGUCAAAGGGUGACAAGGGAGAGAGUGUCCCGGGGGAACCAGGCGAAAGAGGCGUGGCCGGGCUCCCAGGUCGAAGGGGUGAAAAGGGAGUUGCUGGUGCAAAAGGCCCUGAUGGAAAUAUAGGUCCCAAAGGGCUCCCUAGCUCUAAAGGAGAGAAGGGGGACAAAGGUAUGCCCGGGAACAGAGGAGAAAGGGGAAGUCCACUCUCUGUCCCAGGGCCUCAUGGGUACAAAGGCAACAAGGGUGAAAUGGGUGACCAAGGCCCUCCUGGCUUUGAUGGAGAUAAAGGGGAGAAGGGUGAGGAUGGUCCCACAGGGGUGAAGGGACUCAAAGGGGAGCAUGGUACUAAAGGUGCAGUGGGACCUUUUGGGGCUCGUGGGCCAGUAGGACAGAAGGGUGACCCUGGAGAAGCUGGUGACAAUGGAGAAGUGGGUCGUCAUGGAAAUGACGGAAUGAAUGGGGCCAAGGGUUCUAAAGGGGACAGGGGCCUGCAGGGUCAGAAGGGAGACCAGGGUGACCCAGGAGAGCCUGGUUUACCUGGAGACAUGGGUGAAAUGGGAGAGAAGGGACUCCGUGGCUUUCCAGGUCGGAUGGGCACUACAGGCAUGGAUGGUGUGCAGGGUGACCCCGGAGCCCCUGGGAUACCCGGGACCCCAGGUCUCAAUGGGCUUUCUGGACGGAAGGGGGACAAAGGAGAUGGAGGCUUGAAUGGAGAAGACGGAGCUCCAGGUCAGAAAGGAGUGAAGGGAAAUUUUGGGUUUGCUGGGUUUCCUGGAUUUAAGGGUGCGGCUGGGACCCCGGGUGUUGAUGGAGCCCCAGGAUCCGCUGGUCUGGAUGGUGCUGAAGGAGACCGGGGACCCAAGGGAGAAAGAGGCAGGAGAGGACGAAGCAAGCCAUGCCACAGAGGUCCUCCUGGAACCCCAGGACAUAGUGGAGAAAGUGGAGAGCUUGGACCAGAGGGAGCCAAAGGGGAGAAAGGAGAUCCAGGACUGUCUGUAGAAGAGGUGAGGGAGCUAGUGAACAAGGAGCUGUCAGAGAAAUGCGGUAAAGAUUUCCUGCUGACGGUGAACUCUGUGGACCCGGAUGCUGAAAGCAUUAUAAGAGAUGACAUGGAGGAAGAUGAGGAGGAAGAUCCUGCCCUCCCUCACAGCCCUUCUGAUGACAUGGGCAGCGCGAAUAAGGAGGCAGAGGAAGUCACGACUACCCAAUUAACCACAACAACCCGCAAUGCCUCCAACAACCUCACAGGCGGCGAGAGGAGGGGGGGCGAGUGGAGGCGGCGGUACAGGCGGCUCCCCCCGGCCCUGUUCCCAGACCUGACCUCUGACCCCUGCGUGGCGCCCAUGGUGGAGGGCUCAUGCACUGACUACAUCCUGCGGUGGUACCAUCACAGCCGGUCGGGGGAGUGCAGGCCCUUCCUGUACGGGGGCUGUGGGGGCAAUCACAACCGAUUCUCCACCAAACAGGCAUGUCAGAGGAGGUGUGUGGCAGGUAUCACAGAGUCUGCAAGGUGAAAGAGAUGCUGCCAAGAAAACAUUUCAGAUAACUUUUAUUUUUGUAAAUGAAAAUACAUAUGCAGUAUUUGCUUAUAUUUUGUUGUUUUUUUAUUUUAUUGUUUUUUAUAUACAGUGAAUUUGGUAACAGUAUUUGAGUACAUACACUUUAUAGGCAGAUUUUACCUGAAAAGUACACAGAUUAUGAAUAAGCCCAAUUUUAAUGUUAUUAAUCAUGAUAUCAAAAUACCUUUGUGUUCUGUUGCAAGAAAAUCUGUAGCAUCCAAACUGUGUUGGAAGGUACAGAUAUGAAAUGAAGCAACAUUACACUAAACCCAGAACAUGCCUUUCAUGGGUAGUAGUAUAUUGGUUCCAUGGGUUUUUCUCUACCUUGGAUUGUCAGUUACCAAAUAAGUUUCCACGAUGUGCCUAAAUACAUUUUUAAUCAUGAGGCUGAUUCAGUUGGCAUCCCACUCCUUAGAAAGCCACAGAAUGUGCACACUGUCCAGAUAUCAUAUCAUUGAGCCUUUGAGUAUUUAUUUGGUGUCCAUUAGUAGCCAUUCAGAGUGCACAGAUUUGACUCCAAUACAAGUAAUAUUGAGAUGUAUUGAACUAUGAUGUCAGGACCAAAGCGCAGAACAUUUACAUGUGAUAAUUUGCUCAAAUCUACGAGAAUUGAUGAGAAUUUUGUUACAUUCUUCUUAUAAAGAGAACCAUUUUGUUUAUUCUUCUUGUUCUUCUUCACUUGUUUUAUGAGCUUUUAAUGCUGUUACCUGUAUCUCUUUUUCAUCUUGUUGUAUUUAUUUAUCCUCGCUGUUUACUUCUUCUGCUUCUACUUCUUCUUCUCUUACUCAUGUAGUAUUAGCAUUAGCACUGACACAAAAAAUAAAUGUGAACUGAUCAUGAAACCUCUACAGAUCUCUGCGGUACUUCACAGGAGAAGAGGAAUUAAAGUUGAAGAGUGUUAAAGUUAAAAAGUUGAAGGUAAUUGAAUAAUAGAUCAGAGCAUGUUUUUGGUUUGAUUUUCACAAUGUGGGUGGAGACUUAUAAAAAACAGCUUGUGACGAGCUCUUGGGCCCGUAUACGUGUGGCAGGGCUGAACUUGUGCUGUGGAUCUCAUUCCUAAUUAAAAUGUGGACUGUGAACUCAGAACUUUGAGCCAAACAAACUUCUCCACUCCAGCCAUUAAGAGCAGUUAAGAACUGCUCUUAACGAGCAGCAGUGGUCUCUUCAUAACCUAAGAUUUACUCAUCCACUUUCCAGUACUAAUUAAACAAAAAAAGAAAAGUAAUGAAAUGCACUGAAAUAAAGUAUUCACUUUCUUUUGA